AACCUAUAAUACAAAUAACAGUAUAUAUGAAUGAAACACGAGUUUAAUAAUAUUCAUAAUAUUUAUUAAUAUUUUCAGUGUUUUAAUGAAUGAAUGAUUGAUUGAAUUGUAAUCACAAUUAUUGUCAACACUUCCUAUGGAUUCAGACAAUGAAAGUCAACCGAAAGGUCGACCCACUCGAGGAAGGGGUAGAGGACGCGGUCGACCACCCGGUAGACCAAAGAAGGCGACCAAAAGUACUAAAAAGACUAACAAAAAGACAAUCAUUGAAAGCAAAGACAUCGAUGAAAAUUCAUGCGAAGACAUUGUUAAGACCAAAGUUGAAGUCAAGACUGAAGAGUUUGAUUUUAGCGAUGAUUUGGGUUCAGAUCUGCCAUCACAUUCAAUCUCUUCAUUUGUAAAUCCUGGCGCCAAUCCAUUGCACGGUAAAGAAGAACUCAAUUGGAAAUAUAGGGUUAAUCUGAUCGGAGAGAAAGUAGUUAAUCCACGCAUUCAUUGUUGCGAGAAAUGUCUUCUUCCUAUUCUUGUUUACGGAAGAAUGAUUGCGUGCAAACAUGUGUUUUGUCUGAAUUGUGCGAAACGGUAUGAGAAUCAGUGCCCGCGUUGUGGAGAAAAAGUAUUGAGAGUUGAGAAGAGCGGUUUGGGUACAGUCUUCAUGUGUCAAACGGAGUCCUGUAAGCGAACAUAUCUGAGUCAACGCGAUCUUCAGGCACACAUCCAACACAGACACAUCAGGAGACAAACAAAUACACUCAACACAAGUAAUAUCGCUAACGUAAUACCGGUGCCAACUUCAGUGUCCAAAGAGCUUUCUUUGAAUGUGACCUCAACAUCGCGAACGGCCGCAUAUAAUGCCACUUCAUUCCAGAGUCCGAUACCUGUGGUGUCUUCGCGAUCUAAUCUCAUUACUGUUCCCAUUCAGGAUGAGGUGAGCACUCGUCGCAACUAUAUAAGUCAAUCAUCACCUAUUAUGUCCCCACAACAGCCUAAUUAUGUCUCACCACCAAACUAUGGACAGCCAACCAUUCAGUGGCCAGCAAUGUCUACCACAAAUAGUUUUGGUUAUAGACCUCCUUCAUGGACCCCUAUCUCUCCCUACACAAACCCAUACAACAGGCCUCCCUAUUAUCAACAAUAAUUCAUCGGCACUUAAGUACGAUUCGAGUGACAAUGGGUUGAGUGCUUCCGGAAG